UUUUUUAAAUAAAGGGAAUUAUAACGAGCACAGACAAACAACAGCUUAGGUUCUUAGACGACUUAAAUGUGAACCUCAGGAAACCUCGUGGGCUGACGUGGCCUGUAAUCCUGCAGGAUUUACUCUGAACUGAACCACAUCACAUGUGCUGGGAGUCACUGGGUCCAACUCAGACCGGCUCCUCUGCUCGUUCAGUGGUUUGUGUUGUUUGAUUAUUUGAAGGUUUAUUAUGAAUUUGCAGCAGAGCAGUCUGUGGACAUCACGUGUUAACGUCCAGUCUGUGAGAAGAAGCAAAGUCUGACUUGUGACCCGCGGCCAUGGAACAGGUUUCUAGGCUCCUGCAGAAAUACCAGCUUCGCCUCGACAAGUCUGUUUGUCAAGUUUCAUUCCAAAGUGACACGGAAAUGAUUUGAAACAAAACAAAAGUGAAUUUUCAGUUAACUUCUACAAAUGACUGUUGUUCUUAUUGUUUAGCUGAACUUUAUUUCAGACUCAUUGGUUCAUAUCAGUAUAAGAGUUAAAAAUAAACAGAACAAUAAUAUAGAAAUGAUUAUCAAACUGUACAAAUCCACAGGGAUUAAAACACAUUCACACAUUUGCUCCAGAUGAUGACUCGUCUCAGGAACUGAGGAGUCAGUUAAUCAAUAAAUACGUUAAAAUGAAGUUAUGUGAAAUCAUUUAUUCACACGACAAACGACCUGUGACAGAAACUGUUUCUCUCAUCAGUGUCUGGAGCUGAUGAACUGGAUUGUUUCAUAAAGAAUCUGAUAAUUGGGAUUAUAAACUUUUAUCUUCAUGCAGCUCAUCAACUCAUCAACUCCAGGCAGAAAUAAACUCAAAGUUCUAAACUAAAGAAAAAUCCUCAAAACGUUCCGACACCAAUCAGCUCAUGAGAUGGUUUCCUCCACUGAGACCGAAACCAGGGGACGGUGUUUGUGAGGAGAAUGUGACCUGGUUAGAGGAGUUCUCUCCUCUAAUUAUAUUCCACAUCACCAGGGAAUAUGUUUCCAUACAGUGAGGUCACUUAUUACAGUUCCACUUUUUUCAGCUAAUUGUGGUGUCACUCACUCUGUGGAAUUCCCUUAAACUAUAACACUUCCCCGGGGAGAUGAUGUGUAUCACUUUCACUUGUUUCAAUGUGAGUCUCCACAUGUACACACUCCAUGAAACCAAUCACAGAAUAAAAGGAAUAAAAAGUAAAGAACGAUUAAGAGAAUAAAUGAAGAGAGGAAGAGAUUAAAGUGAGAUCGAGUUUUAGAUUUUUAUUCCAAAUGCAAAUAUGACGAUUUUCAUAAAAACGCUCAACAAAGUUUCUCAUGCAUCUGGAUUCUUCCUGAAACUGUGUCACAGGGUUAACAGUCUCAUUCUGGGACAACCACUUUCUAAUUGGUCCUCUCAGUCUCCCCCCUCCCUCUCUGUCUCUCCUCUGGAUGUCUCCCCUCCCUUCUCUUCCAUUCACAGUGUAGGAGCAGGAGAUCACUCUGUCCUGGACACUCUGAGUUCUCCAUCUCCAUCUCCGUCCUCCUGACUCCAGCAGGACCCUGCAGCUGCUUCUCGGGUCGAGCGUCCACAGAGUUUCCUGCAGAGCGAAGUUCAACCUGAAGAGAGGAUGCAGCGAUUCAGGGAAGGAGUUCACAUCCGCACCAUGAAGGCCAAGAGGAAAGUGGAGGAGGUCUCUAAAGAGGACGUCCAGGCUUUCCUGAAGAAGAACGCCUUCGUGCUCUUCACCGUGGGGGCAGUGGUUGUGGGUGUCGUUCUGGGGUUUGCGCUGCGACCUUACAAGAUGACCUAUCGAGAAGUGAAGUACUUCUCCUUCCCUGGAGAGCUGCUGAUGAGGAUGCUUCAGAUGCUGGUGCUGCCCUUACUGGUUUCCAGUCUAAUAACAGGAAUGGCAGCUUUAGACAGCAAAGCCUCGGGGAAGAUGGGCAUGAGAGCCGUGAUCUACUACAUGACCACGACCUUCAUCGCAGUCUUCGUCGGCAUCAUCAUCGUCCUCAUCAUCCAUCCAGGAAAAGGAUCCAAAGAAGAGUUUGGAAAGCAGCAGAAGAUUGAGCAAGUCAGUCCAGUUGACGCCUUCUUAGAUCUGAUCAGGAACAUGUUUCCACCGAACCUGGUCCAAGCCUGCACCCAGCAGUUCAAAACCAAGUACGGGAAGCGAGUUGUCCAUGUGACCGUGACGGUGAACGACAGCCUCUUCAACUCCACCAAUGGCAGCCAGGAGGUCAUGGAGUUCACCCGGGAGGAGGUGAUCCCGGUGCCGGGCCAGGUGAACGGGGUCAACGCCCUCGGGCUGGUGGUCUUCUCCAUGUGCUUCGGGCUGAUCAUCGGCAACAUGAAGGAGCAGGGCCAGGUCCUCAGGGACUUCUUCGACAGCCUCAACGAGGCGAUCAUGCGCCUGGUGGCCAUCAUCAUGUGGUAUUGCCCGGUUGGUAUCCUGUUCCUCAUCGCAGGAAAGAUCGUGGAGAUGGACGACCUGACCCAGAUGGGAGGCCAGCUGGGCAUGUACACCAUCACGGUCAUCAUCGGCCUACUGAUCCACGGCGUGCUGAUCCUUCCCACUCUGUACUUUGUCAUCACUCGGCAGAACCCCUUCAUCUUCAUCGCUGGGCUGCUGCAGGCGCUGGUCACGGCCCUGGGGACGUCCUCCAGCUCAGCCACUCUGCCCGUCACCUUCAAAUGUCUGGAGGAGAACAACAAGAUCGACAAGAGAAUCACACGCUUCGUGCUGCCGGUGGGCGCCACCAUCAACAUGGACGGGACCGCGCUGUACGAAGCUCUGGCGGCCAUCUUUAUUGCUCAGGUUAACAACAUGGAGAUGAACUUUGGUCAGAUCCUCACAAUAAGCAUCACAGCGACAGCCGCGAGCAUCGGAGCCGCCGGGAUCCCCCAGGCCGGCCUGGUCACCAUGGUCAUCGUCCUGACCUCUGUCGGACUCCCGACUGAUGACAUCACUCUCAUCAUCGCAGUCGAUUGGUUUCUGGAUCGUCUGCGCACCACCACCAACGUCCUGGGGGACUCGAUCGGCGCCGGCAUCGUGGAGUUCCUGUCCCGGCACGAGCUCCGCUGCAAAGACGUGGAGAUGGGCAACUCGGUGCUGGAGGAGAAGGAGAGGAAGAAACCGUACAAGCUCAUCUCCCAGGAUAGUGAUUUAGAAAAUGAUAAACGUGCUCACAGCGAGUCCCACAUGUAGUCCAGACUCUGUCCCGUCUGUCCCGUCUGUCCACACGUCCACACGUCCUGCAGCUGGUUCCCUUCAUUCAUGCUCAGCGUUAAUAUGGAAACUUACAGAACCUUCUGUUCGUUCUCUGCCUUCAUUUCAUCCGUGUUGUGCAGAUCUUCUGAACGUUUCCGAAACAAGCGAAA